AUGACACAAUCGUCUUCUGAUCCCCCUGAUAUAGAUAACAACGGCCCUGGCGCACCAGCAAAAGCCCAUGGAGUGUUUGAUGAUUUGCCCAAUCGACAGCACACCACCGCCACCGACGCCAAUUCUCCCCCCCUAGUCGCAUCGUCCUCCAUCGCCAAGGCUAGUGAACCGACCACGGCCCCCCCCGGGCACAGCCAAAACAAUGGCAACUCCUCUUGCCACCUUGGCAACCCCUUGGCCUUCCGUGAAAAGGCUCAGCCUCCCGAGUCGGAUGCCAGCUACUUCGGACCCUCCGCUAAGAACAUUGCGCCUGCUACAUCUACGCAAGCUGAUGCGGAGGGGUCCGUCGUAGAGCCCGAACAAGGUCGUAUUGACCUGGAUACUACGAACAAAUCACAGUCCGUCGACAGUAAUACUGGUGAUGAUGGUACCCCAACGAGGCGGAAGCGAACCUUUGUCCAAGAGCUUCGUAGAUCCUUCUGGCUCGUUGCUUCAUACAGCUGGCUCAACAUUUUGUUGGUCUUUGUCCCCGUUGGGAUUGUCGUUGCCAACAUCCAUGGUGUCCACGGCGGCAUUGUCUUUGCCAUGAACUGUAUUGCCGUCAUCCCUCUUGCAGGACUACUGAGCCACGCUACCGAAUCUGUUGCCAGUAACAUGGGCGACUCUCUUGGCGCUUUGCUCAACGUGACCUUUGGCAAUGCUGUCGAGCUCAUUAUUUUUAUUAUUGCCCUGGUAAAGAACCAGAUUCGCAUUGUGCAGGCGUCUCUUCUCGGCUCCAUCUUGGCGAACCUGCUUCUCAUACUCGGCAUGGGCUUUUUCCUCGGCGGUCUGCGCUUUCGCGAACAGACGGCGUUUCACGCAUCAUUUAAUGACGACAAACUUGCAGAUGCUCAGUCCCUCAAAAUAAGCCGCGGCACCAGUGUCAUCUUGCUUCUUGUUUACAUCAUCUACCUGUUGUUUCAGCUCAAGUCCCAUGCGUACAUGUAUGAAUCCACGCCACAACACAUUGUUGAUGCCGAGUCGACACCUGGCCCUGCUGCUGCAUGGUUGGAUACCUCGAGCAGCUCAGAUGACGACAGCUCCUCUAGUUCUGACUCAGUCUCAUCCGGCCAUUCUCGAGGCACCAUUGGUCGCAAAAUGAAGAAAGUUUUACGAAGUGGAAUGCGACGCAAGCCCUCGUUUGCCUCCACGGACACGGCUGAUGCCAGAGCUGUGCGAGGCGGCUCAGUUGUAACGGGAAACCCAAGCCCCAACGAGGAAGCCACCUCCGAGGCGUCAUCGUCCCGCAAGCCAUAUUUUCCACGAAUGCCCUCGACUGAUGAUGGUCAUUCUACCGACGACGAAAAGGUUGACCGACAUCGAAAGCACCGAAAGCGUCGACAUUCGCGCCGCAAGCAAAGCAGGAGACACGGCAGAAAGCACGAUGAUGAUGCAAAGCAAGAAGCUACCAGCGUACUGCCUGAGAAUGGCGUGCCAGCUGGUGGUCAGUCUGAACCACGCCGGGUGGAUUUCGCCCUUCCCGCUCAACUGGACGCCCCGACCGGCGUGGCAGCGGAAAGCGGCAACGAGUCUAGCAACACUAAGCGCCCGUUUCAAGGCUUUCGUUCCCUUUCCGUCAAGAACCUCACCCCGAGCGUAUUUGUCCAGAAUCCAAGGACGUUGGUUGACGCUUCACCUCCGCCGGCCGGACCUGUUCCUCGCGUUCGAUAUGGUAUUCGUCGCACAAACUCGUUGCCUGACCGCCUUAGCCACCAGCAACAUCUUCGCCCGCCCGGCGCCAUGCUGCCCGCCCAGAUCCCCCUCAUGUCCCUCAAUACUGCCGCCGCAGCCUCACAAAGGUUGGAUGAUGACGAUGGUGAGGAGCACUUGACCCGCUGGGCGUCUGUCAUCCUACUUCUCGUCAGCACAGGAUUGGUCGCCGUCUGCGCCGAGUUUCUCGUUGACUCUAUCAAGGAAGUCACGGAAACGUCGCGUGUUGGAGAAAUUUUUAUUGGCCUAAUCAUCCUACCCAUAGUCGGCAAUGCGGCAGAACAUGUCACGGCUGUCACGGUGGCGAUGAAGAACAAAAUGGACCUCGCCAUUGGUGUUGCCGUCGGCAGUUCGAUCCAGAUUGCUCUAUUUGUAACGCCUCUGGUGGUGAUUUUGGGUUGGAUCAUGGACAAGGAAAUGACGUUGUACUUUACCCUUUUUGAAACAGUCUGUCUAUUUGUUUCCGCCUUUAUUGUCAACUUCCUGGUCCUGGACGGUCGCAGCAAUUACUUGGAAGGUGCACUCUUGUGUGCCGUCUACAUCAUCAUUGCUGUCGUUGCAUUCUUCUAUCCAGAUCCAAAGGACGCAAAUUCAUGGAGCGACUGA